GAAUUUUAAUUAUGGGAUUUCUGUUGUUUUGAAUUUGGCGCCCUGCAAUUUCACCGGCUGUUGUCGAGGAGACCAUGUUGAGACAUUCUCAACAUCCAGAGAGCAACAGCAGGAAAAUCAGAGAGCUAAGAGGUCACAUCACUGCCCACAUUGUGAAGAGAUUUUCCCAUUUCUAUCAAAGCUAAAAACACACCAACGUAUACACACAGGAGAGAAGCCUUACGUCUGCUCUGACUGUGGAAAAUGCUUCAAAACAUCAACUCAGCUAAAAGUUCACCGGAGAACACACACAGGAGAGAAGCCUUUCUUCUGCCCUGACUGUGGAACUAGUUUCUCUCAACUUUCCCACUUAAAAUCACAUGAACGUAUACAUACAGGGGAGAAGCCAUACUCCUGCUCUGACUGUGGAAAAUGUUUUAAAACAUCAAAUGAGCUAAAAGUUCACCAGAGAACACACACAGGAGAGAAGCCUUUCUUCUGCUCUGAUUGUGGGGCGAGUUUCUCUCAUCUGGGCACCUUAAAAUCUCACCAACUUAUACACACUGGAGAGAAGCCUUAUGUCUGCUCUGACUGUGGAAAUCUUUUUAAAACAUCAACUGAGCUAAAAGUUCACCAGAAGACUCACACAGGAGAGAAGCCUUACGUCUGCUCUGACUGUGGGAAAUGCUUCAAAACAUCAACUGAGCUAAUAGUUCAUCAGCGAACACACACAGGAGAGAAGCCAUAUUACUGCUCUGACUGUGGAACUAGUUUCUCUAAAUUUUCACACUUAAAAACACAUAAACGUAUACAUACAGGAGAGAAGCCUUUCUUCUGCUCUGACUGUGGGGCGAGUUUCUCUCGUUUGGGCACCUUAAAAAUACACCACCGUAUACACACAGGAGUGAAGCCUUAUUCCUGCUCUGACUGUGGAAAAUGUUUAAAAAAAUCAAAUGAGCUAAACGUUCAUCAGAGAACACACACAGGAGAGAAGCCUUUCAUCUGCCCUGACUGUGGAACUAGUUUCUCUCAACUUUCCCACUUAAAAUCACAUGAACGUAUACAU